AUGUCCAUUUCUGGGACUUUGAGCAACUAUUACGUGGACUCCAUCAUAAGUCACGAGAGCGAUGAACUCUCGGUCCCGGCUCGUUUUCCCGGCAGCGUGCAGUACUCCGGCGCGAGCUCGGCUGUCGUGGCCGGAGGGAGGCAGCCCGGCGCAGGAGCGGCGGCGGCGGCGGCGCACGCGGAGCAUCCUCCUCACCCCGACUCGUACCCGUCCUGCAGCUUCCAGCCGAAGCCCCCGGUCUUCUCCUCGUCCUGGAGCCCCUUCAGUCCGCACCACGGUGCCAGCGGCCUCCCGGCUGUCUACCACCCCUACAUCCCCGCGCAGCACGUGCCCGCCGCCGCAGACACUCGGUACCUCCGCUCGUGGCUGGACUGCGCGCCGCGCGGCUCCGAGUCCGUCCCGGGUCAGGGCCAAUCGGGGCAGGUCAAGCUGGAGCCGCAGCUCGCGCACCUCGGCGCGGAGAUCCCCCCUAAACUCGGCGGACAGCACCAGCACGAGACCACCACGUAUAUCCUGGAGCCGACGUCCACGGCGGCGCGCGAGCUAAGCCACCAUCCGGCCGCCAUCCCCGGAGCAGGGUUCGAGGAAAAUAAGGACAUUUGUGAGGGGAGUGAGGACAAAGAUGGUCUGGAUCAAAGUAAGUGAUUAAAACAGGAAAUAACACGCGGGAGAAAGAGAGAGAGCGCGCGAGGAGAGAGGGAGAUUGUAAACGGUUUUAAUGCCGCCAUAAAACCAGAACAAAGAGCCGGAGAGCCAAAGUGCCCCCACCGUCUGCUGCUCCACAACUUCACCCCCGUAUUUACCCCGGAUCAACAGCUCCGGUCUGACCGGGUCACCGAGACAACAGAAACAAAAACCCAGAAAAGUUCAACUAAUGGAGAAAAAAACAAACUUUAAAAACUAAAAACUUUAAUAAUAUGAGAUUAAAUAUGAGAUUAUAUGAGAUUAUGAGAAUCUGCACUUUAAACAGUGAACAUGAUAGUAAAGAGAGCCUCGGUGAUUUUAUUUAUUAACAUCUUUGAAAGAAAACAGGAGGGUCAGUUUUUAUGACCUGUCAGAAAACUAAUAAAGCAGCUUUGGUUAAUUACUUUACAUCAAACUAACAUGAGAGAGAAAGUAGGUCAGGGUUACUCUCAGUGUAUUUAAAGUCAAAGUUAAUAAUGAAUCAUUUUAAUAUAAACUGUCACUUUAAUUCAGGAGGACAUCAUCUCUCCACAUCCUUCAAAUUUGACUCUCUGUGUUUUUGUUUUGGUCACUUCUUCAUUUUUUUACCCUGAUAAUUCCAAGAGCAUGCGCACUCCUGUCAUGUGAUGUGAAAAUCUGGUUCGGCUCGGUGCUGUACUCUCUCUGUUUCUGCUUGUAUAUAUAUAUUAUUCUCUCGGUCUGGUUCUGCAGGUUUAGAUCACAGGUCGUAGGUCUCAGACACUGGAGCGUGAAAGCGCGUCAAAUGCGCUUUUUGCACCCCGGUGCGUUUUAAAGCUCCUCGUGCCAGUCAGUAAGUCAGCCAGUAACACACCCGGCUGCUGAAGCGAACUGCUUAAGUGUGACUUAUAGACGUGUACGCUUAUGUGCGUUAUCCUGCUGCAAACUGAGCGGAGUCAUUUUUACGCAUCUGGAACCUUCAGUGGGUCUGAGUGUCCGGUCCUUUUUCUGAUUGGAUGUUAAUUCUGUUAAAGGUUUCCUAGACAGCCAUUAGUGUGAGCGUGUUUUGGACGGGAGAGCUUAUUUGCCAUAUUUCUGUUCCCUGGUAUCAUCACUCCUGCUUGUAAACAGAGUAAUAAGGAUAAAUCGGCGUAUCGAUCAUCCUCUUUCAUCCUGCAGACGUCUCCCUCUGUCCAUCAGCCUGUCUGCUCCUUAAAAUCAUAAAAAAUCAUGAAGGAGUCUGGCCGUCCAUCAUCGAGCCUCGGAGCAGAUUAGUUUUCAGAGCGGAGGCCUCAUAACUCAGAGGAGUCCACGGCGCUCACACACACACCAGAUGAUCAGAAAUAUACAGGAGCGGAUAAAACAGACCCAUCGAUCCGGAUCUUCUGAUUAAAUCUGAGCUAAAAGAACCCAAAGUUUUCCUCUCAGGUGUUUAGUUGGUGAUGAAUCUACAGUGUGAACGAAAUGGACUCAAUUUAUCUAAGAAUAGAAAGAACCUCUGCUGUUAAAUCCACCCCACAGCUGUGAUACAUCUCCUCAAUGUCGUAAAUGAUAUCACUCCGCCAAUAUUUACCAUCACUUACAUUAUCCGGCUAAAGCGCACAAAGCCCCCCCCUCUCUCUCUCUCUUCCUCUCUCUCUCUCUCUUCUCUCCAACACUAACAGAUUAGAGUAAUUUUAUGACUUCAGCUCAUUAAAUUCACUGAAUUACUUCAGAGUAAUAAAAUAAAAGUAAAUGCGCGGGAAUAAAUCUCCUUUUUCAGUAACAGUGGAAGAAUUAAAGCUGAAAAACGGUCCCCGUUAUUUGACUGUGAAGCCGUAAAAGUUUGGAUUCAGCUUUUUAAAACGGGAUCGGAUAUAUUUGUGUGAUAUAUACGAGAAUUAAAAAUCUGCAGGAGUUCUUUUUACAAAUGCUCGCUCCUCUUUUUACCAUCUGCUCCCUAAUAAUAAUCAUAUUUUAUGUGUCAUGUAAUCGCGAUCGUGUUGAUAUAGCGCCGCGUGGAGGGUUUGGCCGGUGACACGCGGGUUAGUUGUGUUUUUCUAUCAUCACUCUCACAACAACAACAUUGAAUCCAUCAUGAGCAGCAGCAGCAGGGAGACAGAGCCCAGUGUCGAGCUCUUUUCCAGAGAUUUAUUCAUCACGAGAGGACCAGAGUGCUUCAGAUUCUCGCUUCUAUUCUCGGGUUUCUUUUAUUGAAGCUGGACGUGAAGAAGGUCUUCCUCUCCAGACUCGUUUGUGCCAGAAAAGCCUGAUGCGUAAUCCUGAUUCUCCUGCGUGUUUGUGUUUGAUGGCCUUUUCAGCAGGAGGAUUACAAAACAGGAAACACACACACAUACACGGACACACACACUGACACACACACACACACACUCCGCCGCCUUAUUACAGCGUGUGAGCAGCUAUCCAUCAGAGCGGCGCGCUGGUUACGCGCUGGAUGGAGCCCAGCAGCCCCCCAGCCUGAAUUAUGACACUUUCCCGUGUCCCGGUCUGGCUCUGUGUGCUCUCACUGAUGAAGGCUCCUCUCCUCCUCCUCUUCUUCUUCUUCUUCUUCUUCUUCUUCUUCUUCUUCAUGGUGUCAGCAGUUUCCCCUCGUGUUGCAGUGGGUCUUUGUGGCAGGUAGUGGGAGCUGCAGCGAGAAGCAAGUGUGUCUAUUGUUCACAUGGCGGCCAUUUUGAACCCUGUAGCUGCAGCAGAGGCUGUUUCAGAGCCGGCACAAGCCUCGAUGGGGCCCUGAGCAAAAUGUGAUUUUGGGGCCCUCUGUUUCUGCCAAAAAUAUUGAUUGUUGAUCAUCCACACAGCUUCACAAAUCUACUCCCUGACGUGCAAACACCUUUAUCUCGGCGUUUUUUCUCUUCUCCUUUUUGCGAUAUUGUUUCGCUCCACAGCUACCUGCUCUUUGGAUGCUCAGUGAACAUCGCACAGCAGGAGGAACAUAAUAUGGUAGAGGAGCUUUGACAUAUCGGCAGUAAGAAUCAUAGGCCGACAUCAGCAGCAGCACUAAAAUGUUUCUUGUCAUCGCCGUUUGCUUCUGCUUCAUCCGGGGCAGUAGCUUCAGACGGCCCUCACCCCAGCCACUUCCACCAGCUCUUCAGGGGGGAUUCCCAGGCAAGGCCAGAGAUAUAAUCCCUCCACCUGGUCCUGGACCGGCCACGAGGACAUGUCUGGAACACCUCUAACGGGAGGUGUCCAGAAGGCGUCCUAACCAGAUGCCCGAGCCACCUCAGCUGACUCCUCUGGACGUGGAGGAGCAGCGGUUCUCCUCUGAGCGCCUCCCGAGUGUCCGAGCUCCUUACCCUAUCUCUAAGGCUGAGCCCGGACACCCUGAGGAAGAAACCCAUUUCAGCUGCUAGUAUUUUAUUUUUACAAUAAUAUAUUUUUAUUUUUUGAUUGCUCUAAGGGGCCCCCCUAUUUGCCGUGGGGCCCUAAACGAGCCCAUAGGUUCGCUGAUGCCUUGAUCCGGCUCUGGGCUGUUUCUCCCCCGUUCGUAUUUCCACGUCUAAAUCCAGAGAACCAGGAUGUUUCCUAAAUUAGAAAGUGAGGUUUCAUUUAGGAGAGGAGUCGGUCCGUGAAACCUCAGACUGUUCUGACUGAAAUCUGAGUUUUAGAACCAGAAACAUCAACAGAGACGAUUCAGAGAGACUCGUUUUUCGUUGGUUUAACCUUUUCUGUCUCUGACACGUCUGCGUCAUCUCUCUGAAGUUUAUCACUGAAGCUUCAAUCUUUAAAAAUAACUAAUUCAACAUUUUCAGAGAGCAGGGCUGUUCGGAGGGAAAUGAAACCACUUCCAUGUUCAUGAACUAAAACCUCUCAUUACCUGAAAGUCUGCGGCUCAGCAGAUUUUUGGAAACUUCUUACAUCGCUUCAUCAAAAAGCUCCAAUCUUACAACAGCGGUUUAUUUCUGUUUUUACUCAGUCUGAACUCGUGUCGUGGUUUUUUUAAAGGUCAGUGGAGAAUCUUGUGAAGGUCAGAUGUUUCAGAGAUGAAGCAGAAAUGAACUGAAGUCCUGAUGAAGAUGUUAACAGUGGAGACGAGGAUCUUAAUCCAGGAGACGGUGCAAGAAAAACUUUAUUAUUUCUGCAGAAAGACUCUGAGUCUGCAGGUUUGGAGCUGUGCACAUAUUUCUGUACAGUUCUAGUAUUUUGCGUUUAGUCUUUGGAUAUUAGAUUGAACAUGUUAUGAGUGAUUGUUCAUGUGUUAAAGUAAAUAUUAGUUUGGCUUAGGUAGGACAGACAGACACAGAGGAGAGACCGUUUUUAUUCUGUGUUUUUACUCGGACACUGACUGAUUUAUGAGACCUUGCGUACAAUCCACGUUCUCUCAGUUUGAUUUUUAAGAUAUUAUCAUCCCUAACUUUCCUUUUUUUGUCCUGAAUCGUCUUCGUGUUUCUUUUAAAAGCUUCUUUCUCUUCUUUAAAGCUUUUAAAACCUGAAACCUCAGUUUAACGUUGCAGGACAGUGAGGAGAAAAGUCUGUUCUUGUCUGAAUUGUGUUUUUUUUAAAGUCGUGUUUUGGUGUUUGUUUCUCGUGGAUGGACUGAUAAUGCAUCCUUUUGAAAUCUUUGUUAAAAUUCAGAUUAAUGGACAUUUUCUGGUGAAAGUCUGAUUUGUCUUGAGGGCAGACCGGAGCAGGGAUCUGGACUCGGUUGUUUUUGCAGAACCUCUCAGCAGGGAGCUUUAGAAAUGAUGGGUGUGCAGCUCGGCACAAACCUGGGAGUCUCCCUCCUCCUCCUCCUCCACAGGUAUUCAAGAUGGCGUCUGUGUGAAAAGCAUCAGUGGAAUUUUACCUUUAAAAACAUCCAGUUACAGAUUCUCUUUGUGUUCUCUUUGGAGCUGGGCGGCGAUCCAGAAUCAACUCCAAGAUUACACUUCAGUCUUUGUGCCGCCGCUGCUGCUGCCGGCCCGGCCCCAAAGUUAUUACCCCUGAAGUUUAUUAAGUUAUAACGCCGGGUGAACAACCCCAUUAAUUGGCGGGCUGCUGUUGGUGGCUGGGUGAGAUGGGGUGUAAGGGUCGGGUGGGCGGGGGAGAUAAAAUACGACUGCAGGAAAUGUAAUAACGUGCCUUUGGGAUAUAUGAGAGGUCAAUUUCUGGAACUAUUAGGGUGAAAUUGCAAAGGGAGGGAGAAAGAGAUGGGAUGUGAUAUUAGUCUUGUAGCCUUUUUGGUCUCUGUUUCCAUGCAAGCAGCAUUCAUCACACACACUCACACACACUCACACGCACACACACACUCAUUGUGCUGCAGGGCCCGAGCUUUACGGGAAUAUCAAUCUUUUCGUCCAUGUUGUUCCUGUCUGUGUCACAUCAGAGCAUCACAUCGCUCCUGCAGAUACGAGGAUGUAGCCUAAAGAGAAAACUUCAAUUUAGUGCUGCACAAGCUGUAAACCCACCGCGAAAAAACACACAAACCCACUAAAGCCCUCCAACUGUGUGGUUUACGCUUCCACGUUUACGAUUUCUCUUUAAAACGUACCAGAUAUCUGAUUUAGAACAGAUUUCCAUUGUCCUCGCAGCUUCUGUUCACGUUUCUGAUGUCGGGUUUGAGUUGUGCGCCGAUUUGAUCGGAUAGUUAACGAGAGAAAUUAGAAAACUAGACGAUCACAGAAGCAGAAACGUGGUGCAGCAUCUUUUCAGAGGAUUAUUGAGGUCAAUGUUGAGUGCAGAAAGAGAAGGUUAUUGCUGUUUCAUUGGAGCACAUCUAGGAAACACAGAUCUGGUCUAGACUGACUGUUAAUUCUAGAUAACAUAGAUGUUUGUGAACAUCGUGUGUCUAAACCAGAUGAGAUACAGGAAUCAGCCGUUCAGACCAGACUAGGUUGUAAACAUGUUUAAUUUUGGUCUUGAAUUGGCUGUUUUAUCAUUGCUGUUAAUGGGACUUCUUGGCUUUUGCAGCCAGCCCCUAGUGGACCCCAGAGGUACUGCACUUUUUGUGCUUCCUCAUCACUGGAGGUUUCAGUUUAUUUGUAUCUGAUCACUUAUUGAUCAGAUAAAAUGAAUCUUAAGAUGUCGAAGAGUUUACAUAUUACUCAAAAUAACUGAGACAUUUACAAACCUGUAAUCUUUUCAUGGCCCAGAAAAUCCUUCUUAUCUUACAGUCCUAAUUAAAGUUUGUGGCAAUAUGCAGGUUUUAGACAGUUUAGGCACCCAGGAGGUCCAGGAGGCUGUGUUCCUGUAGGAUCUGACCCCUGUCUGAUUUGGUUCACGUUGUUCCCCCUCUCUUAAACCCACAGUUCCUGUUUCAUAAACUCAGAGCGGUGACGGGUGAGCGAACAUCUCGGCACAAACAGUUUGAGAAAAUAAGAUCUGAACUAAAAACUUUGAAUUCUUCUUUACAGUUUUGAAAUCAGGUCUUCUGAUAUACUUGCAGUACCUUUGUAAACCACUAGGGGGCUUCAACCCACACCUCAGAAACUGUCGCUCUUUUAAUCGUCUCUAAUUUUAAUCAUCGUUUAUUUUCUCUCAUUUUCACUCUGAUGCUUUUUUUUACCGUUCUUUUUCCACGUCCUGUCUUUCCACCGUCAUCUUCUCUAUCUCACGAUCCCCUCACCCUUUAAAGAAAAAAAAAAAAGUCCACCCCCCCACUCCGCCUCCACCCCCCUCAGCCGGUUUGUCAUCCUGGGUGACAGGCUCGGUCGUGGCACAGCUCCGAGGGUAAUGGAUGGUCCUGAAGGUGAUUAUACACCCGGGGAAUGCAAAGCACCCACUUUACCGUGUGACAAAAGCGCCGCGCACACACACACCCGCCCCCCCCACCCCUCCAGCCUGUCCUCGCCUCUUUACCAGGCAUUAUUUUGCUCUGAGAUGAAAUCGAUCCUCGACAUGCUGGCCAUGUUGGAGGAAAUUGAUUCCAGAGGGUAUUAAUGACGUAUUUACUGAUGAUGGCUGCUAACCAACCUGGAACACGAGGAGGAGGAGGAGGAGGAGGAGGAGGAGGAGGAGGAAGAGGAGGCUUGAUUAGGCCAGAUCCACUCAGGGGGGGGUGAUAUAGGGAGCAUCACAGGCAGCCAUCUUGGCUCUAGUCCUAAUGAAAUCACCAAACAGAGCCGAGUCCAUCCACAGGUCCUCUUCAGUCACAUGUUCAGUUUGGUCGUCCGAAUCUUCAGAGUCAGUGUUCGUCUGAAAAUUGUCUCUUUUCUUCUUCUGUCACUAAAAUUCUUCAAUGUUCCUCUUCUUUCUAAAAAUCUCUCCAUCAUCAUAAUCGAUAAUCGAGUUUUUAUUGAUGAUCGUUCCUUAAAGCUCCUGUGAGGAACUUUCUGUUUGUGUUGGUUUCAGCGCCCCCCUGUGGACUAAAUUGGUAUCUCUUCAUUAGUGCAGCUCCGUCUAAUGAUUGAAGACCCUCUGAGGUGACGAACCAGAGCGUGUAGUUGACACGUAUUUCCAAAAUAAAACUCCGGAGUCGUCAAUCUCUCCUUUCUUGAAUUUACUCUGAGGUUUACUUUGCACAACAAAACGGUACUUUUUACAAAUAAUAAUGACGAAAUCAAGACCCGAUGUAAACAGGGUCAAAAACUAUUGUGCAGGUCUCACAUGACAUGUCUCCUCCAAUAGGAGAGCUGCAGUAAUAAUCAGCUUCAAUUAAACUUUAAAGUAAAACUAAACAACUGUUCAGUCUCUCAGAAUUCUGAUCAGGAUAAAUAACAAAAAAUAUUAAUUAUCUGUUAAAUUAUCAGUCGUGCACAAACGGCCCUAACACUCUUUUCUUUGCUGAUCUUGUCCUGUUCAUAGUGAGGUGUGUGUGUUGACUUUGGCGCCCCCUGUGGACAUAAAAGAGUUGAUCUUGUUCUUGUGUUUUUCAGUUCUGAUUAGACUCUAGUGCUGAUUGAGUUUGAGAUUACAGUGAAAAUACAUAUGGUCUGUUGUAUCUGAACAGGUUAGCUUACGAUCUAAAGGUACUUAGCACAGAUGAAAGUUCAAACAAAGACGUUUAUCAAACUGUUAAAGCUCACAAACCAUCGUCAUAUGAGAAAUCUGACGCUAAGACUCUCCACAAGUUGUCCUUCAGGUCGUUAUCUUUGUAAUGUUUGUGUCUUUAAUCAAAAAUCACUCUGUUCUCCGACACGUAAACAAUCAGCCGGUCGGCCAUGUUGGAUAUACCGGUGAAUCAGACGUCGCAACAACACGUUAUCUGAUUGGUCAGAAGUGGACACACAGUAUGGGAAACUUGAGUAAAUUCGAAUAUCGCAGGACGGGAAAACGUCGCUGAUGUGAACGCUUGUAUUGACAGGAUACGGGUUCGAAAAAGAUAUUGACGCCCAGAAUAAUCGCAUGAUAAAAAAACGCUACCAGUGUGUAAGGACCUUUAGGCGUUAAAAUACUUUUUUUCACCAAGAAUAUAUUUUCUCUGGAUCCUCAUUUUUCAGAGUCCUCCAGAUUUUUCACAUGAGAAAGUUAAACUCCAAAUAUUUAUAGAUGAAAUUCACCGAACAAGCAGCCAACAGCACUCAUCCAGAGAGAGAGCUGCUCUUCUUCUUCUUCUCUUCUCCCGAGUGUUCACAGCUCUGACUGUCAUAAGCACUUUGGCAUUAAAACGACUUUAAUUGUCACAUGGAUGAAUUAUUAGCAGUGAAAUUGAACACAGACGGAGGAGCCUCCACCCAGAACUCGUCAGGAGAAAAUGCAGCUCCUCGGGGGAGGGACACACAUCCUGAUCCUCCCGCCUGGCGUCAAAGCUCAGACUUUCCUCAGGACUUGUGAAUGAUAAGAUCAUCCCCUCUGACAUUUCAGGCCUGCAGACUGAGGCUGGGUUUGACAAACCCCCUCUUAUACCCCCUCACUGCCCUGCAGACCUGAUGCUGUAAAUCCGUCACUUUUGGGUUAUUUUUUGCAACAUAAUGCAGUUUUUUCUUUUUCUCCUCAAAGCUGCUUUAGAUUGAGUUUGUCUUCCUAAAUUUACCCUGAUGGUGAGGCUGCAUGUGUGCUGUGUUUGACCCACUCCCUCCACGGCUUAAAUAUAGAAAUAAAACAGGCAUGUUUGAACCGAUAAAUCCAGAGUGGAUUCCCCUCUGCAGCCACAUUUGGGUUUCGCACUAAAUUUGGAAAUGCACCGCUGAGUAGAAAGUGCAGCUGCAGGAUUUCCUUCUGUUUCUGUGGAUCCUCCAACUUUUACAGACCGAAAGGUGGAAACUCCAACUUUUAGCUGCUUCAUUUUUGUGUUUCCUGUCAUAUCAACUAACAUGCUUUUUCUUGAGUUGCUGGGAUUUAAAGGAGUGAGACCUUUGAGAUUCCUCUUCACAGUUGAAGAUUUCAUCUCAAAGAUUUAUAAGUGUGAGUGGAGCGUGGAUAAUAACCAGAGAUUUAGGAUAAACUGAUUAAAACGAAGUACAAGCUGCAGGCAGAAAGUGUCUUACAGAGAUAACCAAAAGUCAAAAGUGUUUCUUGUUGGAGUUGCAGCUAGAGUCGACCUCAUAGUUGAGAUGCUUUGGUGCUUCGCAGAGGAGAAGAGCGGAUAAUUUCCAGCCCUAAACCAGACCCAUGUGUCCCAAACGAGAGCACUCUGCUAAUUACAUCGCUCUGAGAGCUAUAAAAGGAGGAGACAGGGUGGCCUGGAAAACAAGAGAGAGAGAGAGAGAAAAUAGAUGCAAAGAUGAAAAACCAUAACUCAUAUUUUUCCCUGUAAUGAACAAAAAGAGAAGAAAAAAAACGAUCAGGAGGACCGUUUGAGUCGUUUUCAUGAAAAAAGUCAAAUUAAAAGAGGAUGUUUCUGCUCUUCAUCAAGAAUCCUUCACUCCCACUUUCUCCAGAGUUAAAUUAACAAAUAAAAAUCUGCUUUCAGUUUUAGUUCAGCUCAUCACAAACAUGUUCACCUCCACUCUGAACAAUCUCCCGCAUUAAGAAGAUCCUCUGUGAAAAUAUUGAAUCCAUGAAAGCCUAAUUAAAGGAGAGGGGAAUAAAAGGAAGCAGCAGAAAUAUUUCCCUCCAACCCCGCGAGGCCCGUAAAUCUCCCGCCAUUUAUUAAUUUAGGAGCAAUCAGGAGACACUCGGUGACAGUGAGCCGAGCCUCCACGUGAUCAUCAUCAUUCUCACGCGCGCACAGAAGAAGAAGAGGACAGUAUUAGGUCUGUAAAACAUCCUCCCUGAUGUGUUCGCUGUCAUCACGAGAGGCGGAAAUUUCAGCUCCUGUUUAUGAUCACAAAUAUAAUUUAAGCCACACUAAUUUCUGAUUUAUUGGUUUUAUUUUCUUCUGGUACAAAUAAAAUUAUAUGUUAUUUUCGAGUUGUAUUUUUCUCCGUUGAAGGUCAGCCUCAGAAAAACAGCCUAAAGACAAGUCAGAUCAAUUUGAUUCCCCCUCUAAAUCAGCUUUCUCAAAUUAUACACUCAUUACUUUUAUAUGCUUUUUAUCGAAUUGUGAAUAAAUUGUAUUUAAAGUUUAAGUUUUGUUCCGUUGAAGUAAUGGUUUAAUGCAUAAAAACAUGGAAAUAAGACAAACAGGUCAGCUGAGUUCAGCUCUAAGUUACACUUCUGUAGUUUUGAAAUCUUCAGAAUGAUCUUUUUUUCUGCACGAAGGUUUCCUGCAGGUCGUCUGUCUUCCACGUGGUGUCAAAUAAAACAGCCACGGAUCUCCUCGUGGCAAACUCGCGCCCCGCGUUGACACCAUAAAACUAUUUUACGCACCAAAGUGUCAGAUAGAGAGAGUCACGUGAUUCCAGCUCAAAGCUCUACUCAUUAAUUAGUGUUGGUUUUACAUUUUUGGUGUUUUAAUCUAACAAAACUCAUAUUUGUAUAUUUAAUAUUUUAUCACUUAAUGUCCAUUUUUUACUUCUUCCUGCCUGACAACAUAAAACCAUUAUAUGCUCAAAAGUGUUAGAGAGUCACGUGAUUCCAGUUUAAAGAUGGUGUUAGUUUUACUUUUUGAUAUUUUGAUUUAAAAAAAAAAUCACAUUUGUAUAUUUUAUAUUUUAUCACUUUUAUUUUUUACCAUCUUUUUCCAUCUCCUUCUGUUGACACCAUAAAACUAUUUUACGCACCAAAGUGUCAGAUAGAGAGAGUCACGUGAUUCCAACUCAAAGCUCUACACAUUUAUUAGUGUUAGUUUUAACUUUUUGGUGUUUUAAUUCUACAAAACUCAUAUUAAUAUCUUUGAUAUUUUAUCACUUAAUGUCCAUUUUUUCCAUGGCCCCGCGUUGACGCCAUAAAACCAUUUUACGCACAAAAACGUCAGAUAGAGAGUCAGCUGAUUCCAACUUAAAGCUCUUGACAUUGGUUGAUGUUUCGAUUUUUGGUAUUUUAGUAUUUUAAUUCUACAAAACUCAUAUUUGUAUAUUUAAUAUUUUAUCACUUUAUGUCUCCUUCCGUUAACACCAUGAAACUAUUUUACGCACCGGAGUGUCAGGAUCAGUUGUUUUUACGCACAGCUUUUACGCACGGUGGAUGUUGUUGUUGUUGUUGUUGUUGUUUUCUUUGUUUAUUUUAAUGUUAUAAAAGCUCACGUGCACUGAUUGUUAAAUGACCUUUCCUUUCCUUUCCUUCUCUCCUUUCCUCCAGAUGACCCCUCGGCCAACUGGCUGCACGCGCGCUCCUCCAGGAAGAAGCGGUGUCCGUACACCAAAUACCAGACGCUCGAGCUCGAGAAGGAGUUCCUCUUCAACAUGUACCUCACGCGAGACCGGCGGCACGAGGUGGCGCGCGCGCUCAACCUGACGGAGCGGCAGGUGAAGAUCUGGUUCCAGAACCGGAGGAUGAAAAUGAAGAAACAGACCAAGGACCAACCGAAAGACUAGCUGCAGAGGGGCCUCUCUCGGGUGUGCACGCGCGCACACAGAAAUGGGGUUCAGACGCACGUGCACGCACGCUCACAACAUGUAUCUUAACGUAGUUUAAACACAAAAUGGCCUUCUUCUUCUUCGUCUUCUUCUUCUUCUUAAAACUGCAGAAACACGCACAGACGAUUUUGGUUUGAAACCUCCAGGCACAACAAGCACGUGACUCUCCGGCCUCUAUCACACCGAUCAAUACACCUGAUCAAUGACUCUAUUGAUCCCUAUAACAGACGCUGAGGACGCCGCAACAUUCACACUGAAGUCUUACGGAGGUGUGGCCACGCGAGUUUUUGGAUGUUUGAGUUUUUAAAGGUCACCACACAGAUGGACCGACAAUGAGACUGUGGUGACACUUCCGGUCUUUUUAUUUACGCUGAUGUGUUUUUGCUUCAUUUUAAAAGGGGGGAGAGAGAGAGAGAGAGAGAGAGACAGAGAGAGAGAGAGAGAGGUGUUUUCCUCCUGUAUAAAGAGCACUAUCGGUUUCUUUCUUUUCCUUUUAUUAGUUAUUUAUUGUUCCGUAUCUGACACCCGAGGCGCGCGAAGGUGCUGAAAUCGGGCUUUCACGCGGCCAUUAAUAAGCACUUGGAGCGGAGGGGGGGUGCACACACACUCACCGAACACACACCUCCUAUUUCUCCUCCUCCGGUCGUGUUUGAUUAGAAAGCUCCUCCU